UAACAUUUAAGUGGCAUUUAAACAUAUGGCGUUUUUAACAAGGAAUCCCAAUCCGAACUCAUCAAAAGGCAUCGAACAACAUAAUUUAAGACGCUUAGAACAAAGAAUUGAUAUUGGAAAAAUAGGAUGUCAAAGGGCAUGGAGAUCCUCACCUAAAUAUGUUAUAGAUUCAGAUGACGAAAACUAUGAAAAUACAAAAUAUUUAUCAAAUUCUGUAGAAGUGCUUAAAGACAAACAUAUAUCGAAGCAUAAGAAACACAAAACUUCAAGAGAUGAUGAACAUCAUAAUGGACAUUACACAUAUACUGAAAAUCAACCUAAAAUUAAUUUAUCAGACCCUUUAAAGUCUGAGAAAAUUGAAUGGGUAGAAAGAAAAAAAAACGUGGAAGCAUCUAUCCAUAAAUUCAAAUCUAAAUCGUCAACAUUAACCAAUAAUCAUCUUAAAAAAUCUUCGUAUCACCACAAAUCGUCUACUCAGGCUGAACCUUCUUCAGAUAGUGAGAGUGAAAUCGGUCCUACCCAAUUAUCUCUCGGAGGCUUAGGCACAGGACAUGGCACAGGUAUUGACCCAAAGAAUUACGGAGGGGCCUUACUGCCUGGUGAAGGUAUGGCUAUGGCGGCUUUUGUGGCAGAAGGCAAACGGAUUCCUCGGAGAGGCGAGAUAGGCCUAACCAGUGAGGAGAUAGAGUCAUUUGAGGAUACGGGUUACGUUAUGAGUGGGAGCAGGCAUCGGAGAAUGGAAGCGGUUCGUUUGCGUAAAGAAAAUCAAAUUUACAGUGCCGACGAGAAGCGGGCCUUGGCCAGUUUUAGCCGCGAGGAAAGACAGAAACGCGAAUUCAAAAUUUUGUCUCAGUUUAAAACGAUGGUCAAUAAGAAACUUCACAAGGGUUGAAUCAUUCUUCCCCCCCCCCCUCUUAUUAUUUAUAUUAUUUUAAAAAUUAUGUAAAAACUUAUACUAUAUAGCGAUGAUUGUUGGUAAUAAUGAUCUUUAUCUACAUUGUAUUA